AUGCUUCAAACUGCUGCAGGUGGAAGCAUCUGGCAUGGAUGGAUCGGUCUCCACCGAGAUGCCGUCAAGCGCUCUGUCUGGAAGUGGUCAGGAGGUGGAGACAGCACAUACUUUAACUGGGCUCCUGACCAACCAGAUGACUUCAAGGGAAUUGAGAAAGUUGUAAUUCUUAAAUCUGAUGGAAAAUGGAACGAUAGGAGACCAUCACGUUUGCUGCCUUUUUACUGCUUCAGUUUAACCGCAGUGGAGGUGAAGAAGACCUGGGAGGGGGCUCUGGAGUACUGCAGAGAGACUCACACUGACCUCACCACCCUGCAGUCUGACACCGAGCAGCUCCUGACUCUGAGCGAGAUCCAGCACAAGCGCAUCACUGACAGGGUUUGGAUUGGCUUGCGUUUUCUUGGAGACCACUGGUUGUGGGUGAACGGUGACCCAAUGGUGUACGAGAACUGGCGCAAAGGAGAUCAGGAGCACCAGUGUCCUCUCAGGAAACGCUGCGGGGCUCUAACCAAAGAGGGACACUGGGAGAACUGGGACUGUGGGGAAGAACUCCACUUCAUCUGCUACUGAGAGAUUCAGCAUUUCAUAUUGGGUAAUACAGCUCUAACUGUAUGAUUUCUACAUCGAAUAGAAAUGUCUAGCAGAGAAAGAUGUUUUUUUUUCUUCUCUUAAAGAUUAUUGUGAAACUUAAUCUAAACUCAUUUUGCUGUUAUAAAGAAACAUUAUGAUGCUUUUAUAAUUCCUUUCUUAGAGGUUAGUUCCAUUCAGUCAUUCACGAGGUUGAAUGUCUGCGUCUGUCAUUUCUUAAGCACCAUACCUUCACUUGUUUUGUCAUUGUGUGCUAUACUCACUCUUUUAAGAUGUUAUUUAACAGGGGAGCCUUUGUAAUCCCGGUUUUGAGACUUGUAUGUUUGAAGUUUAAUUAAAUGUUUAAAGGAGCAGUCUGUAAGAUAUCUACUGAAUGAAAUGAUAAAGUGAGCUUACUAUAUGAUCAGACAUUAAGGAAACAUGUUGAAGUGCUGGCUUCUCUGACAACAAUGCAGCAGCCAGUAUGUCCUCCUUCUAACUUUAGAUUCUGCUCCUGAAUGCUCUGGAUUUGUUUGGACCAGAGAAGGUAGGUGGUUUUAAGACACCCCCCACCACACGGCCGUUUUGGACGCCCCUCGGUUUGCCAGAUAUGAGAGCAGUUAUCAGGUCAACAGGUGUUGCAGCGAUGGAAGCGGGCAAGAGAAGUGGUUCAGAUAGAAGUGAUUGUACCCGACCUAAAAAGCCUCUGCAUGUUUCUAAUAAGCUCCACGAGCAGAAACGUGCUCAAACUAGGAUCAAUAUUGGAGAUGUUUUUGAAAAAUGGAGAGAGGUUAGAACACAGAAAGGUUUACAGACCCAUGCAGAGCUGGAUAAACACUGAAGCUACAGAGUCCACCACAUGGUGACCUGUGUGAGCAUCGACUCUAGAGAGGAGGGGGGGGGGGGGGGAGACAGCUCUCUAUGAUGUUUAGAAUUUGGACUGCAGUACCCAUUUUAACCACUAGGGGUCAGAGUUACAUAUUGCUCCUUUAAAUAAAUAAUUUUUUUAACUAGACUUUUAGAAAUGUUCAUGAUGAGCAGACUUUAAGUUGUCUGAACUUUACUUAUCUCAUAUCCUGACUGUUAUUUAAAUAAUUUGUGUAUUUGAAAAUUAUUAUUGUGUGUUGUGUUUGUGCAUAUUAAUAUGAAAUACUACUGUGAUGACUUUGGAAUCCUUUUUAGAAUAAUACUAAUGACUAAAUAUUUUGGAAACCUAAACUUUGUGGUUGUGUUUGUAUCUCUAAUAAAUUCCCCGUCUCUGAUUAAAGAACGUCGCAGGAGAGUCUUUUGUCAACAGAGCUGUCAAUCAUAACAUUACAUCCGCUCUUUUCUGCAGCAAAUCAUUUCUUAAAACUUCACUUCUCAAAAAGCAGUAACACAAAUCA